AUUGUUUAAGUUUUGCUUUGCUUGCAUCAUAUAAAGUGUGCCCAGAUGCCAAUUUUCGAUAUUUCUGUAAUUUGGCAUGCUUUCGCGGUAUUAAAACGUAUAUUUUAUAAGUUUUGUUUUUAGUCUCGGGAAAUAAAUUAUUGCAUAUUAUUAAUCUGCAUUACUUCGACUUGUUUAUGAUGAAUAGUACAGCCAUGCGCGUUGACUUGUCGAAUUUCUUCAAUGACGCCCGUCAAAACUCACUUAUUUGGAUAUCGGACUCCUGGGCCAACAUCAAAGAUGUGCAGGAUCACAUUGAAAGCAUUUUUCGGCUGACAAAUAUCAGUCUGUUGACUCAGGAUGGGUUUUACUUGUCUCCCAAAGAGUCAAUCAAAGUGCUGCAAUCCGUCGAGUCCAUUAAGGCAUUUACAUUGAGCAAAACUUGUAGCUCUAAAGAGGAAUUGAGGGAAGCCUCCACACUGAUUUACAAUGGAAAGAAACGAAAGAAUUAUUCAAGUGAUGUGGAUAGUGAAUUCUCCAGCUCAACUCCAAUUAAUCCAAAGCGAUCGAAGGGUACAAAUAAUACAGGAGAACUCAAUUUGCAGUCAGAAGAAACACCUAAAACAGAGCAUUCGUCUAGAAAGAGCUCCAAAAAUAAGUCGAAGUCACAAACGACAGCGAUUGAUAAUUGCGACGACGAUGUAGAAUUGGCAGAGAGCAGCAACCAACUCAAUUUGCAGUCAGAAGAAACACCUAAAACAGAGCAUUCGUCUAGAAAGAGCUCCAAAAAUAAGUCGAAGUCACAAACGACAGCGAUUGAUAAUUGCGACGAUGAUGUUGAAUUGGCAGAGAGCAGCAUGCAAACCACACUCAGUAGAAGUAAUUCAAGCCGUCAGAACAAUAGACAAAGCCCAAGACAAAAAUCCUGCGGAAAGCGCGCUCAAGUUCAAAGCUUCAAUGUUGAAUCCUCCUCCAAUAAUCAUAUAAUAUUCGCAGAUGUCGAAGAAAAGGAGGCUGAGCAGCAACAGGCAGAAGAAAAGCAACCAGAGCUAGAGAUGGCCGCAGAGAUUAGCAAUGGUGGAGUACCUAUAGCUAAACCUCAAGUGGAAUUUCGAUGCGCACUAGAAAAAAUGAACCCCACUGUGCGCGUCUUUAAAUUACCAAUUGAAAGAGAAACUCUGAAGAUACUGGAAAAUAUUGUAAUCCCUGCACCGGAACGUAGCACAACACCCCAGGAAAAUAAAGAUAGUAUUAUUGUGCCAUUGGAAGCUCAAGCCGCAACCGCUAAUGAAACCAAGGAAGCCGAAGUACCCGAAGCACCGAGGUCAAGACCAACUGCGACUACUCCGCCGAUUACUGAUCUGGAACACUAUGAAGAAAAUUUAUGUGAAACAUCCUCGAUUUUACCUGAACAGAGUCUGCUCGAAACAGAUUCCGAUGAUUCAGAUGAUAUCGUAGUGCUGGAUGAUACUACGAUGGAAGCGUCAAACUCUUUUGAGAUCAUAAAAGAUAUGCUGGAUAAUGCGGCGAAACUUACAGAUUUACCAAACAUUGGCGAAACCAUCAUAUUUAAGCUAACCGAGACAAAAGGAGCCUCACAACAGUCUGCAAAAACUAAUUACAUUGCAGGCACCUGCUCCUACAUCAAUCGUCGUACUAAAGCUCUAACAAUCACUGUAAUUGCAAGUGACAGCGUUCCUAAAAAUAUAUUGCGUAGUUACGUGAGCAAUCUUGAGGAUUCUACCGAUGGAACACUUAUUUUAAAUGUCAAUUUUCGCGACUUAAUUGAUGCCAAGGUAGUGGUAUCAACGGUGGAUUGAGAAGAUCUUUAAUGUUUACAUUUCCAUGUUAAUAUAUUCUGAAAAAAAUUUAUAAAGAUCACAUAUAUCUG